AUGGGAAGUAACAGCACAAACAGUACAAGAGCAAAGUGCCCUGAUCUUCAAAUGCCAUUUCAGUACUCCCUCUAUGCAACCACCUACAUCCUCAUAUUCAUUCCUGGUCUUCUGGCCAACACCACGGCCUUGUGGGUUCUAUGUCGCUUCAUCAGCAAGAAAAAUAAAGCCAUCAUUUUCAUGAUCAACCUCUCUGUGGCUGACCUUGCUCACGUGCUGUCCUUACCCCUCCGGAUUUACUAUUACAUCAGCCACCACUGGCCUUUCCAGAGGGCCCUUUGCCUACUGUGCUUCUACCUGAAGUAUCUCAACAUGUAUGCCAGCAUUUGCUUCCUGACAUGCAUCAGCCUUCAGAGGUGCUUCUUUCUGCUCAAGCCCUUCAGGGCCAGAGACUGGAAACAUAGGUAUGAUGUGGGCAUCAGUGCUGCCAUCUGGGUCAUCGUGGGGACUGCCUGUUUGCCACUUCCCAUUCUGAGAAGCGCUGGCUUAUCCAACAACACGGAAUCCUGCUUUGCUGAUUUAGGGCUUCACCACAUUAGUAUGACUUCCUCCAUUGGCAUGGUAACUGUAGCUGAACUUGGAGGGUUUGUAUUGCCUGUGGUAAUUAUUACUUAUUGCACAUGGAAAAUGAGAAAAUCUUUAAGAGAAUUUCAAGUUCCUCCUCGGAAUACCAAAGAGAGAAAAAAGGCUUUGAGAAUGGUCCUGAUGUGUGCAGUGGUGUUUAUUGUGUGUUUCACCCCUUACCACAUCAACUUCCCAUUCUUCAUGUUGGUGAAACAACAUGUCUUUUCAAAUUGUUCCUUUAUUAAGAGCACUCUAUGUUUCCACAUUAUUUCCCUGUGUCUUGCAAAUCUGAAUUGUUGUCUUGAUCCCAUUGUAUAUUAUUUUAUGACUUCAGAAUUUCGUGAUCAAUUUUCAGAACAUGGCAGCUUGUAUUUUCAGUCAUGUGUGAGAUGCAAGGACAGUGCUUUGGAAAUCCAUCAGAGGAAGGAAGAUCUUCAAACUAUCUCUCUCGAAUGUUUGGAUGAUUCCAAGACAAUGUAA